AUGAGGCUCCUUUCUCUCAUUUGGUGGACCUCAUGGCUCGUUCCAAGUCAUGUGCGGGCAGCAGCUGUGUUUGCUCACUUUAUGGUGGGGAAUGUUCCUACAUGGGAUGCUGCCACUUGGGAAGACCACAUGCUCGAAGCUAUGGAUGCUCAUAUUGAUGCAUUUGCACUCGACAUUGCAAAUGGUUGGUAUGCCAACAAUGCUUCGUUGGCUCUGGCAUUUCAGGCUGCUGAGACUGCUGGAUUUCAACUUUUCUUCUCCUUUGAUUAUGCCGGAAAUGGAUCGUGGGUGAACGAGGAUGUGAUCGCUCUCAUCAGUCAGUACGGAGGAUCAAGCGCUUAUUACCACUACAAUGAUCAUCCUUUUGUCUCUACAUUCGAAGGUCCAGAUAAUGCUGAAGACUGGGUCACUAUUAAAGCCCAAACAGGAUGUUUCUUUAUUCCUGAUUGGUCUUCCCUGGGUGCCAUACCGGCAGCAGCGGCAGCGGAUGGAGUAGCUGAUGCUUUAUUCAGCUGGGCUGGCUGGCCAUGGGGAGACUCGAAUAUGACUACAUUCGUCGAUGCCUCUUACAUUGAGACGCUGAACAGUUCUGGAAAGCCUUACAUGAUGCCGGCUUCUCCAUGGUUCUAUACAAACAUGCCUGGCUACGAUAAAAAUUGGCUUUGGCGGGGAGACGAUACCUGGUAUCAACGGUGGAUACAAAUAUGGUUUCUCCAGCCUGAGUUUGUUGAGAUCAUUAGCUGGAAUGACUAUGGUGAGUCUCAUUAUAUUGGUCCACUUGAUAAUAACUCCUACGGCUCAUUUCCGACCGGCCGGGCUCCCUUCAACUAUGCUGAGAAUAUGCCGCACGAUGGCUGGCGAGAGCUUCUUCCUUAUAUGAUUGAUACGUAUAAGAACGGACGAAGUCUUGUCAGUGAGGAGAAAAUUGUGACCUGGUUUCGCACCUCUCUAUCGAAUGACUGUAAUAAGCAGUGGACUACUGGAAAUACUGCUUCGCAGUUACAAGAGGAAUUUGCGCCUGAUGAAGUUGCACAAGAUCGCCUUUUUUUUACCGCUUUGCUUGCAUCAAAAGCCGAUCUUGUGCGUGAUGGCACUACUUUCCUUACACUUACUCCUAUUCAGAGUAUUUCAGCAGAUAACUGUGUCAAUAAUCUCACCAACUGGAAUAGCUAUGUUGCUGCUAGUGAAGGCCUAGAGGUGACGGCAGAAUAUGCUGCUUUCCAUCUCGACCAGAUGAUCUGCACUGCUGGCUACAGCGUCGGUGAGUUUGACGAGAUUUGUCAAUUUACUUGCUCUUUGGGAUACUGUCCAAUUGGAGCUUGUGUCUGCACUAAUCUGGGAGUAGUGACCACAUUUCCGAAUGCCACAGGAGAAGUGGGAUACCCUGCUAACGGGGAUGCCAAUUGGGCUGGUCUCUGUACUUUCGCCUGUAACUUCGGCUAUUGCCCCAGUCAACAUUGUUCGGACAGUGUACAGCCUCAAUGGGUACCAAGUGUGUCCCCUUUUACACCCUCCGCAUGUGUGGCCGGCACUGGCGAGGGCAGUUUCUCAGGGCUCUGCAGCUAUGCCUGCAAUUAUGGUUUUUGCCCUGAAAACCACUGCGAAUGCACUGAAACUGGAGCACUAGUAACAGCUCCUGCGAUUGUGAAUGAGACUGGGGUCUCCCUGAUUGGUUGGGACUCAGAUUUGUGCAAAUGGUCCUGUGAACGUGGAUACUGUCCGGAAACCGCCUGUGCGCGUGCGGUGUUCAGAUACCCGGAUAACUCGUGCAGUGCCGCCCAAAAAUCUACAAUUGAACUUGAGAUGACGAACGCGAUUUCUAUAGCUUCCUUUGCUGCUUCUGACUUUCAAUCUGGUCCAUAUUAUGAAUCUUUCUUUCCGGACAGUGUGCGGACGAGCGCUUUCACCUCGAACGCCAAAACAGUGUUUGCGCGGUCCGCCAAGAUGCUUUCUGGACAAGCAGAGCAGUCGAACGGCGAGCCGUAUGAGUUGCUGAUUACCUGCCAUAACGUAAAACUUUGCACAAAGAAGACACAGCAGAUGGUUGCAUUCAUGAAUGAUCAGCACCAUACCAUGAACUUCUGUGACCUGUUUUUCGUUGCAGACUCCGACCCAGACAGCAAUGAUAAGAUCACGAGUACCGCCGCGAGGUUGGAACAUUGUGGAACUUUGAACCUGCGCAAAUGCUCUCGAUCACGGGCCACAGUUAUUGUACAUGAGUCCAUGCAUACACGAUAUGUCAUGAAUCAAGCCGAGCCGGCUAAUGAUUAUGCCUAUGGCAUCAAUGGUUGCUUGAGCCUCGCAGCCAACACAUUCACUCGAGCAUGUCCUCUGUACCAGAAUCUACCGUUGCUAUGCCCAGAUCCCACAACCGGCAAAGACGGGCACUGUGAUGCAAAGUACACGGCGAUGAACGCCGAUUCAUGGGCAUUGACUGCUGCUGGGGCCUACUUUAGCGCCCAGUGUAGCCGAGAAAUCCCUAUCUCUAACGAAGUACCCACGACCGUCAACCUUGCCUCUCAUUUAUCCAAGCGAGACACAGGUAGCUCUGGUGCCUGUGACUUAAUGGACGAUUUCAUUGUGUGGGACUACUAUUACAGCACGGACCAGGUGACUGGCAUCGUGCACUUUGGCGAUUCCUUCGCGGCAGGUAUGGGGACCGGGUCGACAGCUUGGACUUACUGCCGCUUGGGCAGUAGUAACUAUGGCCAGCUGUUAUAUAACUACCUCGAUAAUGCCAGUCUUCCAUUUGAAAACCUUGCCUGCUCGGGGGACACCACAACUGGGCUGGCGGGUAAGGUCAGCGCAUGGAAGGGCACAUCGAGCACGAAUAUUGGGACGUUGACGGUGGGCGGCAACGACGUCGACUUCAGCAACAUCCUUUACUAUUGUAUUUUGGAUCCAAACUGGCUAACCUGGGCCCCCUACAAUCGGAAAUGGUGCAAUAAUUACAAAACCAAGGCACGCAGCCUGAUGGCCGACGGUAGCAACGAUGGAUUGCAAUAUAAACUCAAAGAGGCCUAUCUGAGCAUAGUGAACACGGCAACAAACGUGGACUUCAGGCUUUACGUGACAGGAUACCCCCUCUUUUUCAACAACGAAACCAGCACCUGCGAUUCAUCCUCUUUUCACUACUGGUGGGGUGCAUAUAAAGGUCCCUGGGACUGGCGCAUGGUGUACUUGACCACUGCGCUGAGAACCGAGAUGAACGAACUGGUGCAACAGAUGAACUCAGUGAUAACAGCCGCCAUAAGCGAUGCCAACACUGCUCUCGGAAGCCCAAGAGUUGUGUACGUUGAUGUCAAGUCCAAAUUUGUCGGACACGAGUUCUGCGAAGAGGGUGUGAAAGAACCAGACCCCAGUCGCGAUGAGACAUACUUCUUCCUUAGCGGGUGGAACGAUGUGAUUAUUGACAGUCAGGAGAUGACCACGUCCGCCGUGAUAGCCUCCGAGGUGGCCACCCUCAUUGCAGAUGGGCUCACUCUUCCCGACGCAAACACCUGUAACACCACACUGGGCACGGACCCAGACCCCUACGCGGUGGCCAUGUGUCGAACAGCUCUCCGCAUCGCUGGUGAUCCGGAAGGACUUGAGGCUCAGAGUUUCGCCCAGGCCGAAACAGAUAUCGCCAACAAGAAUUAUUCGAGCCAGGAUAUACCAUUGUACACGCCUGUCAGACAGAUAAAAUCCUUUCAUCCUAGAAGCAACGGCAUGCUUGCAUUCCGUGAUGCUGUCUUGGCGGCGCUUUACUUCUAG